AUGGUGCGGAAAGUAGUGUUUGGUUCAACUCUUUUAAAGGUCUCAUUCUACCGUGAGCGGAACAAGCAAGCCGAGCGAAAGCCCAAGGAGCGCACAAGACUAACCUGGGCGAAACCAAGAUCAGCGGCGAGGUCGCCAACAGUGACCUACCGCUGAGUAGUCACUUAAACAAACGGCUCCUUUUAAGGAGCCACCAGAUAUAAGAAAGUAAUGACCAACUCGAAUGUGUGAUACUCUUUUAUUUCUUUUUUUUUGGCCCUUUUUUUUUUAAGAAAGUUCCAUACGCCUCACUUUUAGAUCGCGCCGAUUGUGUCCAUCCCUGGGGUUGGUAUCACUCAAAUAAUCAUACUUAGAAGGGAUUUAUUCAAUUAUCUUUCACCCAGUCGCCCUUUUGAACUAGCCUCGCGUCUUGCCAAGAUAACUAAUAGGCCUUGAACCUGAUAGCGUGUUCUGGACAACGUUCUUUUCAUUUUUGCCUCAAAAUUAUGCAACACCGGAACCUGGUAAUUUGACACCGAUACCAGUACCAGUUCAUCAAUCAUGGAGGAAGCAGGACACGAGGCUUGGUAAGUGAGAAUUAAAUGCACCCGUAUUAAGUACUUCUGCCAGCGACCUACUCGCGUUUGUAACCACGAAAGUAUUUCUUAGUCAAACAGCACACCGUAGCUUACAGUAAAAGCUAGUAAAUCCGCCGGUGGUUCAUUGAAAUGAGCCACAUUUAUUCUCGCUAAGAUAGCUGACAAUUUCAACUUGACGGAUUACACACAAUAACAAAAAGUAUUUAGUCUAGAUUUUGAUUUCCUCGUUUGACUGUUUUUUAUCAAAGUAUCUCAUAUUCUUGAAUGGUGAUAAGUAGUAUUCGGUUUUGGAGAAAAGUAGCAGAAAAGCAAGGAGUUUGAAAGGAUAAAUCGAGUCUGUAAACCAAACUCAUCACUGAAUUUUAUCUUACUUUAUUAGUGAGAUAUUUCCUGUUCCAGGAAGUUUUGGACUUAGUGGACUGAAUCAAAUUAAAAUACUACUCUAAACCCUAAGUAAAUGGUAUAAUUUGAUAAAAAUGUUGAAAAAUUAGACAAGGUAAUUGAUAAGAUCUAUUAAUUUAUCAAAUUAUUUCUGAAUUCACAGGAGUUAAGAGAGAAAGGGAUUCAACAGGUAACUAAAAAAAAUACUUUGCAAAGUGGAGUUUCAACACUUUAAAAAAUAGAAGAAAUUUGAGUAUUCAAUUUAACAUACUACUUUUUUCAAUUAUUUCAAUUAGAAGAAGAACGACAAUUAACAUGGGGAUGGGGAUUCGUUGGUGGCCCCAUCACCACAGAAGAAGACCCUGAGGGUCAGAGCGAUUUUAAUAGUGGUUAUCAUUCCGCUGAAACUGAGAUCAUUUCAGAUUCAGAAGAUGAUCUGUUCUUUUUAGAUGGUGAGUUAGCAGCCACUUAUCAUUGUAAAUAAAUUAUAAAGUUCAGGAUCAAGGCAAUUACAUUUACAGAAGUGUUACCCAGUGGCCGGGAUAAUGAGGAGAGAGGAGAGGAAGUGGACGAGGAGGAAGUGGGAGAGAUUGAAUACUGGAGUGAAGAGGAGUUGGGAGAAGAAUGGGAGCAGUGGGAAUUUGUAGAGGAAGAUGAUGUGGAGGAGGACCAAGAGUACGAGGAAGAUGAAGAGGAGGAGGAAGACGAAGAGAAUGAUAAUGAGGAGGAGAGGGAGGAAGAAGAAGGCAAGGAGGAGGAGAAGGGAGAGGAGAAGGUGCCAGUGUUCCCAUUGACCCGUGCGUUGUCUGUUUUACCAGACCACGCAAUGCCAGCUUCAUUCAUGGCGACACAGGACACCAAGUUUGUUGUUUUGAAUGCGCUUCAUGGUUGA